UCGAAAUCUGUCCGGCACUCGUUCGGGGUUUUAUACGUGGAGAGUGAUCGUGGUACGCGAAAGGAGUCUUCCUUGGAGCGUGCGACUCCUUUUCCACAAGGACACUCGUCUACCGGAAAGCCAAUAGCCCCGCACAGUGGCCACUGUCUACUCCAUCUGCUAGCAAGCUUUGUGUGCACGAAAACAGUGCGUUUCGGCAUACGAUGGCCGGGCUUCUUUCGAUAUCAUCGCGGAAUCUUCCCCGAGCGGCUGUCCGCUUCAGCCUACGCACGUUGGAAGGACAAUCUUUUACCCAGGAGGUUGCCGCCGUCGGUUCCAGAUCCUACCACCAGGGGCGCCAGCUUAGCAUUGCUCGGUCAGCGGUUGACGACCGCGGUCGCCUUGGUGCCAACAACGCGGUAUCGGCGGCUCAAAACUCAAUCAGAGAAUGGCGCCAGAGUGAGCGUACCAUCUUUACUUCCGCACGUAUGCUGGAGAUCGUGAAGGUGCCACCGUUUGCCGACUCCGUGUCCGAAGGUGAUGUGAAGUUCGAGAAGAAAGUAGGCGAUGCCGUCGCUGCCGACGAAGUGGUCAUGGAGAUCGAAACCGAUAAGACGACCGUCGGAGUUCCCUCACCGGCUCACGGUAUUAUCGAGGAGAUUUUCGUGGCUGACGGUGACACGGUCAAGGCCGGGCAGCAAUUGUUUAAGCUGAAAAUCACCGGCGAAGCACCGAAGGCAGCUGCCAAACCGGCAGAAGCACCGGCUGCUGCUGCUCCGCCUCCGCCGCCUCCUCCACCACCCCCGCCGGUAGCAGCGGCCGCGGUUCCGAGGCCACCACCACCCCCACCGCCGAAACAUGCGGGUGGUCCGCCACCACCACCACCGAAACCGGCUGCACCGAUUAGCCGGAUGCCGGUGGCAGCCAUCCGGCAUGCGCAGGCCAUCGAGGCGGCUACGGUGAAGGUGCCACCGGCCGAUUACAGCAAAGAAAUCACCGGAACGCGCACGGAACAGCGGGUCAAGAUGACCCGUAUGCGGCUGAAGAUUGCCUCCCGGUUGAAGGAGGCGCAAAACACGAACGCCAUGCUGACAACGUUCAACGAAGUCGACAUGAGCUUUAUUAUGGAGUUCCGCAAGCAACAUUUGGAUGCAUUCGUGAAGAAGUAUGGCAUGAAGCUCGGCUUCAUGUCGGCCUUCUCUAAAGCUGCCGCAUUCGCACUGCAAGACCAACCCGUUGUUAAUGCUGUUAUUGAAGAGAAUGAAAUUGUCUACCGCGAUUAUGUUGACAUUUCGGUAGCCGUGGCUUCCCCCAAAGGAUUGGUCGUGCCGGUUCUGCGAAAUGUGGAGGGUAUGAACUUUGCCGACAUCGAAAUAGCUAUCGCCGGAUUGGCGGACAAAGCGAAGAAGGGAACACUGGCAGUGGAGGACAUGGAUGGUGGUACCUUUACCAUCUCGAACGGAGGCGUGUUCGGAUCGUUGCUUGGUACGCCAAUUAUCAACCCACCGCAGAGUGCUAUCUUGGGAAUGCAUGGCAUCUUCGAUCGCCCAAUCGCUGUUAAAGGACAGGUGGUAGUUCGACCAAUGAUGUAUAUCGCCCUUACCUACGAUCAUCGACUGAUCGAUGGACGUGAGGCUGUGACUUUCCUCCGCAAGGUCAAGGCUGCCGUAGAAGAUCCACGUAUUAUUUUGGCUGGUCUGUAAGAACACACACACACCAAUCAAUGCGUGCGUUCACAACGGGACGGGUCUCCUAAAAAACAGCCAACGUAUGAUCGGCGAGAUAGUAUGAUCACUUACUGCAUAACGGUUUAGAUUGGACGAUGCGAGAACAAACACAAGAGACACAAGUUGCUUACGCAUCACAUCACAGGCACUACCAAUAUUUCACGGCUAAAUCUGUUUCUUCACAUCUUCUAUGCGAAUCUUAUUUCAUACCGCUAUCACCACUUUGAGCCUCUUAGAGGACGCUACGACGUAGAUCUUUGGCAUUGCACCCAGUUAUCAUCAAGUGUGGCAUCAGUAUUUGUGGGAACUCAAAAGAAUCGUCAUCCGACGUUAUGACGAACCGUAGUUGUUUCUCUGCAAAACAUCCAUGUUGCCUUCUGUUUCGAUUUUUUUCCUCGCGUUCGUGUACCACGCGUUACGCAAGGAAGACGAAGUGCCAUGGCCAGAACAUGCGAUGCUAUCGUUGCUUCCGCGGUACUUAUAAUGUUAGUGGACAUUACAGUAUCUAUAACCACCCGAGAAAUCUGUAUGGUGCUAAAUUAGUGUUGUAUCGUAAGCUCCUACAUCGUGCCGGAGGACAAGCGUUUGUGAUCGAAUAUGAAUGCUUAAUAACAUCUUACUAUGAUCACUUAUCCGACCGCAGAAAGUGAUGCCAAUAUGCGUCGUUAGGUAGAGAAGUAUUUAUUUGAAGAAAAAAAAAACGAAAAAUAAAUCAUGAAUUA